AUGGCUUCACAAGGCAUCAGAGGUCCUCCCUACAAGUUCAUCCACGGCUGCACCAAGGAAAUAUCCAAGUUGAAGAAGGACUUCAUGAUGAAGACGAACGAGCCCAUGACGAAUGUCUCUCAUGAGAUUUUAUCCACCGUUGAGCCUCACAUUCACAAGUGGAAUAAACGAUAUGACACUGAGCUAGUGAAAGAGGUACUUAACAACAGAGAUAAAACAUAUGUAAAGCCAGAAUUCCCAGAGGACGUCAAGAAGAUUCUUGGUGACGGACUUGUGGCGACCGAAGGCAAAAAAUGGGCGAGGCAACGUAGGUUGGCGCAUCUCGCCUUCUACGGGGAAAGCUUGAAGGGCAUGAUUCCAGCAAUGGUGGAUAGUGUUCACACGCUGCUCGAGAGAUGGCAGAAGUUAGAAGCCAAAGAGGUCGAGCUGUUCAAAGAGUUUGCGACGAUCACAUCGGAUGUGAUCUCCAGGACAGCAUUCGGAAGCAGCUACAUGGAAGGGAGAAAGAUUUCCCAAAUUUGGAGCGAGUUGACUAUUGUUGCCUAUCAUGAUCCAAACAAGAACAAGAGAAUCACGAUCGAUGAUCUCGUGGACGAGUGCAAGACGUUCUAUUUCGUGGGACAGGAAACUACGAAUUCCACCCUCACUUGGACGCUCUUUUUCCUUGCAAUUCACAAGGAUUGGCAAGAGGAGGCGAGAAAAGAGGUGACCGAUGUAUGUGGCAAUGAAGAUCCCAACCAUGAAGGAAUCAUGAAACUCAAAACGGUUCUAGUAUACCAUGAUCUGCUUGGAAUGCUCCAGCACCCUCAUCAUGCCAAGGUCUCGCCAAAAUUCUACAAACCGUAUGCCCAAGUUGGGGAUGUUAUCAAGAGAGCUCUUCUUGAAUACAAGGAAGAAGUGACGAGCAGCUCGUUUCCUAGUCCUGCCCAUAGCCCCUAUGCAAUCAGUCCUGCUGAUGCCAAUGGAUUGCUUGAAGAGUUACAGAAUCUGGGGUUGGAGAAGGCAGCAUCGGCAGCUGCUGCUGUAGAUAUGAUCAUUAACGAAUCGCUUCGACUAUAUCCUCCGGUCGUUAGCGCCAUUAGAAAGGUCGUAAGGCAGGUCACAUUGGGAAAUCUUGUUCUUCCUCAGGGCAUCGCCCUCCACAUACCGAUCCUGACGAUUCACCACAGCCCUCGAAUCUCGGGCGACGACGUGCAUCUCUUCAAGCCGGAGAGGUUCAGGGAAGGGAUCGCUGGAGCCGUGAGCAACGAUGCCGCCGCGUUCCUCCCUUUCGGCUUGGGACCGCGAAACUGCGUGGGCUCAAAUUUCGCGACGACCGAGGCGAAGAUCACCCUCGCGAUGAUUCUGCGACACUACAGCUUUACUGUCUCACCGGACUACGUCCACUUGCCAACCCAGACCUUCAUGAUACGCCCUCAACAUGGACUGAAAGUGAUCCUUCAUCCCCUCUAG